GCCAUGGGGGGCCCGUGAGGCGGGAGCGGGGCCGGGCCGGGCCGGGCCGGGGGGUCUCGCCAUGAGGUACAACGAGCGGGAGCUGCUGUCCCUGGCCCGGCAGCCCGCCGAGAAGGCGGCCGAGAUCAUGAUGCGGGUGCCCAAGAAGGGGAGCGUGCUAAAGAAACGCCUGGUGAAGCUUGUUGUCAACUUUCUCUUCUACUUCCGUACAGACGAAGCAGAGCCCAUUGGAGCUCUGCUGCUGGAGCACUGCAGGAUCACCAAAGAGGAGGAGAACGUCUUCUCAAUCAGUUUCAUCGAGGAGCCAGAGAGGAAAUACUGCUUUGAAUGUGCCAGUGAGGAGCAGUGUCAGGAGUGGAUCGAGGCCCUCAGGCGAGCCAGCUACGAGUUCAUGAGGAGGAGCUUGAUCUUCUACCGGAAUGAGAUCCAGAAAAUGACAGGGAAGGACCCCCUGGAGCAGUAUGGGAUCUCAGAGGAAGCCCGUUUCCAGCUGGGAACACGCAAGCAAUAAUCCCCUGGCCUGGGCUGAACUGGUUUCUGGCCCCAGAUUCACCUGGAGGGUCUCCCCCCUGAGCCCCCACCCUGGGAACAACAGCAGCAGUUCCCCACAGCGGUGACCAAGUGACUUUUUAAUUUAUUAGCCAAAUAAUGUUGUGGUUUUAUGUUUAUUUUAGAGGAAUUCCUGCACAUUCCCACUUGCCCCAGUUGUGGGGGCAGCCAGUCUGCACUGCUCCCUGCAGCCUGUGCCCUCAGCAGAGCUCCUGGGGCCAGCCCUGAGCCAGCUCUAGCCCUCCUCAUCCUCCCUCUCCCUCUCCUGCAGGGAGCUACUUGGCUUUUCUGGCUCAGGAUCUUCCUGCAGACUCCAAGGAGCCACCAGGGUUGUUCAUCCCGGUGCUGUGAGGGUGCUUGCAUGGCUGUGCUUGCAGAGUUAACCCUGUCCUGCCCUCCCUGGUUUGUUGUCAGGGACAACAGGUUCACUGCAAAGUCCUCUGGGUUGCUGAGACUGGUUGCAGAGCUGGACUGAAGCCUUCUUAGCAUUGGGAGAGCUCAGCCACAGCUCCAGCUGACAGGGGCAUCCACACCCCCCUGUCAGGGCAGCAGUGGCUGCACAGCCCCUCACACCUGCUUCUUGGGGUUGGUUUCUUCUUUUCCCCUCCCUGGGCAGGUGGUGCUAAUCCCUAGAGGUUUGAAGCCCCCAGCCCAGCAGAGCAUUCCCAAAAAAUGCACUGGAAUGAAGCUGCAAAGCACAGGGGAGGGUAGGCAGGGCUGUGUGGUCACCCUGCCUCCCUCUGCAGUGCUGUGGGCUGAGCUGGGCAGUUCCUCAGCUUCCCAGAGAGGAGAGUCAGAUGGAGAGGAUAGUAAAGAUGGGAUCUGCUCUCCUUUGGCUGGACUUUUGGGCUUUGGCUGGACGUUUGGGCUUGGGGAGAUGCAGAAGGUAAGCCCAGGGAGUGGGGGACAGUUGGGCAUUAACACUUCAUUCCCUGAGCUGUUCCUGCAGCUUUUCUGCCCUUUGUGAGUGGCCAAAAGGAAAGACCAGAAGACUGCCAAGGUCCCAGGGAGCUCCCAGGGAGCAAGGGCUGCCUUCCCUGGGGCUGAAAUGGAGUUAAGGAACAAUGUCUGUCCUGGAGGCUCUGGAGCUUCUGCCACCCCUCUGGCUGCAGGAAGGAAAAACUGCACCCAGAGCCAGGGAUGGAGGGACACACAUCCCCCCCCUGCCCAGCUGCACCCAGGGCUUCAGGAGAUCUCCCACAGCAGCUCCCCAGGAACUAGACUAGGAAAAACUCCAGGAGAGGCCCUUGGGAAGGUCCCAGGUAACACUGUGAGGCAGUUGAUGACAGAAGGAACUCGACUCCCUGCUGGGAGGGCUGGGCCUGAGCUGGGGGAGGGGCUGCUCCGGGCUCUGCUCUGCCUGGCAGCAAGAGGGGCAGAGCAGCCUGUGCCCUCAUCUGGGCUUGAAGGGAAGUUUUGGGUCUCUUUGGCUGGGAGUUAAUGCCAAAACAAGAGCCCAGGUUGCAGCUUUAGUGAUCUGGCCUCUUUACCUCAUGCUGCGGGGUACCAGGAGUGUGGCAGAUGCCACUGAUGCUUUAUUUUUAACCUCAAAGCCAAGGUUUUCUUUUCCCCUCUCCCUCCAAUGGUUCCAGGUGCUCACCCCAGAACUUACCAGAAUAAGCAGAGGGGCAGCGUGUCCUGCUGAGGACAUGCCAGGGUGGAAGCAGAAAAUAGGGCAGAUGGCAGCUCUGGUGGACACAACAAUGAGGGAUUAGAAGCAGGAACAACAGAGAGCUUGUGCUUUAGGGGAUUAGUGUCCUCAGAUGACUUUAAACUGCAUUCCCAUCCUCACAAACCUCCUGUGCUUCACCUCAGAGCAGGGCAUGUUCCUGGUGGGAACACAACAGCUUUACUGACUGUGAAAAAGGAACUUGUCUGAUGGUUUGAGGGAGGGACACGGGGCCAGAGGGAGGUGUCCCUGGCCUGGCAGCAGAAUGGCCAGAGCUGCUGCAGCCCGGGCUGAGCUGAGCCCACCUGGGCCAAGUGGAGCCCCCCUGGCUCUUCCCCCCUCCCAGCACCUCAGCUCUCCAGCUCCAGCCUUGGCUUUUCCAGCAGCCAGCACUUCCCACAGCUCCUGCCACCCCCUGGCAGAGGCAGAACAGCCACGGCCACACUCAGCUCCUCAAGGGCCCGUGAAGUCUUCAAUAUGCAAAGUCAACCUGCUACAACCAAAACCCAGGAGGGCUGCCAGCAUGUGCUCAUUCCCAGCAGGCAGGAGCCUGGUGGCUCCCAGUCCUGCCAGUCACCCUCUGUAGCUCCCAGUUUUCAGCCAUGUGCCUUCCAGGACCAGCACCAGUGUCCUUUUACACUCCCAUGGAGCAGAACUGACACCCUCCUCCUCCCCCUUCUCUGUACAUACUCUGGGCAUUUUAGUUGGGUGUUAUGGGGACUGGUUGGGUAAACCAGAGAUAAUCCAAACACUUAACAGGCAGCAAUGACAUUUCUUAACUGAAUGUAAGACAAAUGCUGUGAACAGUGACCCAGGCCAGUGCCAGGACCAGUAACUUCAAUGUCUAGAGCAGCCCUGGGACACUGGGUUAGGUUUCAGACUGAAAGAUGGUACUUUUAGACACUUGGAGAUCUCCAUCAACUGCUGGUGAUUUAUAGACAAUUGCUCCUUUUUCACACUUUGGUCACUGUGCUUUUUUUGUAUUUCAGGGGCCUGUUCCACCAAGCUCUGUGUACAGGCUCCCUGGGAGUGUGCUGCAGUGACUGAAGCCAUUUCUCUCUUGUACAGUGAACAUUUCCAAUAAAAUCUUGUUUUAAUCUC